AACAAAACGUAAAAAUCCUUAUUUUCCUCAGGCAAUAGAUGAACUCAGCAAAGGAAGAUUCAGCACUUUCUGUUCUGUUUUGCAGGAGACAUGUUUGCUAGGAGCCCUGUCCUCAACCAGUCCGGCCCCACUGAGUUUGUGUUCCGAGUAUUCACUGCUGUCCCUGAAUUCCAGGCCCUUCUCUUCGUCCUCUUCCUCCUCCUCUACCUGAUGAUCCUUUGUGGCAACACAGCCAUCAUCUGGGCGGUGUGCACACACAGCUCCCUGCGCACCCCAAUGUAUUUCUUCCUGUCCAACUUGUCCUUCAUAGAGAUCAGCUACACCACCGUGGUGGUGCCCUUGUUGCUUUCCAACAUCUUUGGAGCCCGGAAGCCCAUUUCUCUGGCUGGCUGCGGGGCCCAGAUGUUCUUUUUUCUCACUCUUGGUGGUGCUGACUGUUUUCUCUUGGCAAUCAUGGCAUAUGAUCGCUAUGUGGCCAUCUGCCACCCACUGCACUACACCCUCAUCAUGACCCAGAAGCUGUGCAUCCAGAUGGUGGGCUGUGCUGUGGGUCUGGCGCUCUACCUAUCCCUGCAGCUCACAUCCUUAAUCUUCACCUUGCCCUUCUGUGGACACCGCCGGGAAAUCAACCACUUCCUCUGUGAUGUGCCUCCGGUCCUGAGGCUGGCCUGCGCUGACAUCCGUGUGCACCAGGCCGUCCUCUAUGUCGUGAGCAUCCUCGUGCUGACUGUCCCCUUUAUCCUUAUUUCUGUCUCCUACGUGUUCAUCACCAUGGCCAUCCUGCGCAUCCGUUCUGCUGAGGGCCGCCGCCGGGCCUUCUCCACCUGCUCUUCCCACCUCACCGUGGUCUUGCUACAGUAUGGCUUCUGUGCCUUGGUCUACCUGCGUCCUCAAUCUAGCUCUUCCGUGGACGAGGACCGCCAAUUUGCCCUCAUUUACACCUUUGUCACCCCCUUACUCAACCCGCUGAUUUACACGCUUAGGAACAAGGAUGUCAAAGUUGCCCUGAAAAAGGCCAUCAGUAGCAAAGGAACAGCUGAAGCUCUCUGA